AUGCUCUCCUUCCUCAGUUCAUUCGCUGUCUUGGUGUAUGUCAACGCCUUGACCAUUCCACAUGGGGAAUACCACGGCAAGAGAAGCGUUUCUCCUCUCAAAAUCGACUUUACUGUUUCGAAGCAGCAGGAUGAAACCAUUGCCCAGUUGAAGGCCAAAGCCAGUGCUCUUAUGGCCCACUAUGCGCCUGAUGUUUUUCAGAAAAGAGCCAUCGAUACCCCCAUUGUCAACUACAAAGACGUCAGUUACCUCAUAGAUUUCCAGCUUGGAGACAAUCAGCAGCAGAUUCUGGCUAUCUUGGAUACUGGAUCCUCUGACCUCUGGGUGAACGGACCCGAGAUUGAUAAGCCAGAAGGUGGAACCUACGACCACUCACAAUCCUCCUCGAGUAAGAUGCUUGACCAGGAGUUCUUCAUUUCUUACUUGGACAAGUCGUACGCCAGCGGAGAGUACUACACCGACCAGCUUGCCAUCAAUGGCGAGAAGGUUUUGGACGAUUUCCAGUUUGCUGUUGUCAACAAGAGUCAGAACAACAGUCAGGGUGUUUUUGGCAUUGCCGACAAGAACCAGUUGGCUACGAACAGCACAUACGACAACUUGCCCUGGGCGUUGCAAAAAGCAGGUGUGACUCCGAAGGCUUCCUACUCAUUGUUUUUGGGCUCUAGAGAGGCUAAGAAGGGGUCCAUUGUGUUUGGAGGCAUUGACACCGAAAAAUAUGAGGGUGAGCUCACAAAGUACCCCGUGGAGGGUCUGAGAGGGUUGGCGCUUAAUUUGAAGAGUGCUGAGGUUGCAGGAAACACCCACGAUUUGGACAUUGAGAUCUUGUUGGAUUCUGGAACAUCUUUGAACUUGUGGCCUAAGGAGAUUGUUGAUGCUAUUGGAAAGGAACUCAAGGGUAGCGAAAUGCAAGGCUACUACUUUGUCGAUUGCACACAGCCAGAGGAUAAGUAUGUCUCUUUUGACUUUGGCCAGAACAAAAUCAAGGUGUCCUACCAAGACCUCGUGUGGAAGAGCGACGGAUUGUGUUUGUUGGGAGUCAAGCCAUCCUUCAACAAUACCCAUAUUUUUGGCGACGUUUUCUUGAGAUCAGCCUACGUCUACUACGAUCUUUCGGAGCAUGAAAUCUCCAUUGCCCAGGCCAAGUACACCAACUCCUCCAACAUCAUCGAGGCCUGA